AUGGCGUCCACUAGUCACUCUUUAACUACAGUACAAGAUGAAGAUUAUUUUCCAUCGUUUCUAACAGCAUUACAGUCCACUCCAAAGUCUGACAAGUCUAAAGAAAGCACUCCUAGCGUCCAUUCUGAGUCCAAUGUGCUAUCAUCAAAGGCAAAACCACGUCUUACUUUUGCAGAAAGUUUAUCCAUGGAUCGUAGUAAACAGAGUGUAAAGAUACCGGAUGAUUCACCCUUUAGCUUCGGCGGUCGUUACCAGGACAGUUUGGGCACACGCCGACGCAAAAACGGCAUAUCUCAACAGACUACUGACGAUAAAGACACUGAGAAUGAUGAUGUUCCCCCUCCACCAACAAUGUCACUGCUACAUCCUGUCGGAUUUAACGCAGAGUCUUUUAGUGUAGACGAUGAGGAAGCGGCAGCUGCUCGACGUAAAGCUGCGAUAGCAAGAGAUUCGUAUUAUCCAGACCUUCACAGCGACGAAUGGGGGCAAGAUAAACAGUACUGGGUAACAGUAUUUGGCUUUCCAUCGAGUGCUCAAUCUUUCAUCCUUCACCAAUUUCAAGACAUGGGUGAGGUUAUUAACUACUCGAGUAGUAGUGGCGGAAAUUGGCUUCAUUUGCGUUACCAUACAAGACUUCAAGCGGAGAAAGCUCUUAGCUAUGACGGAAGAAUGUUGGCAAACAGUAUAAUGGUUGGUGUCAAGAAAUGUUAUCCGUCUGAUCGAAGCGCAAGUGAACUCAUUGAAGCACCUGUUUCGAAUUACUUUGGUGCUCAAACCCGUCAGACUUUGGGAUCGAGAGAUUUGGAAGUUGAUCCCACAGAUGCUGAUAUUAUGCUUCCACCACAGCGUCGACAGGACAUUUUUUGUAAUUUUCAUCUGUCGCUCAAGAUGCUGCCGUCUAUCGUUCCCCGCAUUCAGCAGAAGAUUCUGGAGCAUCAGAUCGUGACAAACAGCCCAAAACUUACGUCCAUAUUAAGUCAUCCAGCUGGUCCAUUUACUGUGCAUUUCUGGGCACCAACAUUUAAAUGGGCCAUUUCCAUUGCCAAUAUCGCUGACAUGCGACGUUCACCUGAGCACAUUUCAGUGGCUCAACAGGCCGCAGUAACUGCUACAGGUCUCAUCUGGUCCCGCUACAGUUUGGUCAUCACUCCAAAGAAUUGGAAUCUUUUUGCUGUCAACGUGUUUAUGGCUGGCACGGGACUCACUCAAUUCUAUCGCAAGUUUACGUACAACCCGAAGAAGGUUGCAGAUGCUGCAUAG